CCGCGCUCCCGGCCGCCCUCCAUGGCUCCGCUCCUCACUUCCACUCUACCAAGCUAACACUACAUGUCUACAUUCUUCUUCUUCUUCUAGCCACCUUCCAUUGCAUACGAAGCUAGCUGAAGCCUGUCUUCAGGUUCACACACGCCAAUUAGCUGAUGGAGGAAUCCAUCAGUAGCUCUUCUAGGAGUAGGACCGCCGGCGCUUCCUUCUUCUACCGCGACGUCCACUGCUGCUACCCAUCCGUCGACGGGCCUCGUGCAGCAGCGGAGGCCUCCGAGGACAGCGGUUGGACGGCCUACUUUUACGACGACGAAGACGGCGACAGAUACCUGCAGUUGCAGGCCUCCCAAGAGGAGCCAGCGGCGCCGGCGCUCCCGGCUCCGAGGAAGAAGAAGAAGGCGAACCGGCACGGCCAUGGACACGGCGAUCGCGCUUCCGCUUCCACGGUGUCCACCGCUAGCAAGGCCAAGGCCAGGAAGAAGAAGGAAGUCCCCAAGGAGGAGAAGAAGAGGCCUCGCUGGGAAUCAGCUGAUGAAGACCCUCUGCAAGACACCGCCUCCUCCAUGCCUGCAAAUGCAACUCCUCAGCUGCAGCUGCAGGAUGGUUGGCAAAUUGCUGGCUGUUACGAUCAGCAGAGAUCAUCAGACACAGCGCUGCAGUGGAUCCCUCCAGGAGACGCACAUGGAUUACCGGGACAGGCCACCAGAUGCAGAGAAGAGGGGAUUGCAUCAUGCUUAAUUAGUCCCUCCUAAACUGUUUGUGGAGCAGCACAGUCUCCAGUGAACUGGAGACCACACUGCUCACCAUUUAGUUGUACUUCCUUCUUCGUCCAUCACUAUCUGCACCUUGUGCGUCAAGUCCUCAACUAAUCUCAUGCAUGCGAUGAGCCAUGUCACUGUGUAUGUGUGCAAUAACUAAUGAUCAUGGUCCGCGUUGUAGCGUGUGCCAGUUUGACAAUUUCUA